AUGCCAGUGCUACAAUCUUGUUGGUCGCCAUGCAUUUGGUCUUCCAAUGUGAAGAUGGGGAGCAGAGUGGUUGCUGCAUAUACAGCAGCUAUGAGUAUUGUUCUCAUAACGUUUAUAGCUUAUCAGAUGGGUGGUGGAGACUCCACACAACUAUGGAAUCCACUGUUCGAAGCAGAUGUUAGGGGAUCUUUACAAGUCUUCGGGAUUAUAUUUAUUGUUAUACUGUUAACAUUAAUAGUUUCAUCAGUCUUGAUGGUCGUAGGUAUGAAUGUGUGGAUGCGAGGAUUAAUGUUGCCAUGGCUUUUUACUAUGGGACUCAUAAUCGCAUUUCAAUUGAUCUUCAGUUUGUGGCUUCUUGGCGGAUACUACAUCUAUUUGGAGGCAACAUAUGCGGCCUUAUUAAACUUUCUGUGGCUUGCUUAUAAUAUAUAUUGUUGGUUGUGCGUUUUUUCACAAUACCAAAUCAUUUUAGAAAUGCAGUCGCCAAAUAUUGAAAUCUUAGUAGAAUAUUAG